AUGGAGACCGAGUCCCGGGCGCAAACAACAAACCAGACGCAAACAGAUUCAUUAUCUCCAUCCCCUAAUCCUGUGUCACCUGUGCCUUUGAAUAACCCAACAAGUGCCCCAAGAUAUGGAACAGUGAUCCCUAAUCGCAUCUUUGUAGGAGGAAUUGACUUUAAGACAAAUGAAAAUGAUUUAAGAAAAUUUUUUUCCCAGUAUGGGUCUGUAAAAGAAGUGAAGAUUGUUAAUGACAGAGCUGGAGUGUCCAAAGGGUAUGGUUUCAUCACUUUUGAAACUCAAGAAGAUGCACAAAAAAUCUUGCAAGAGGCUGAAAAACUUAAUUAUAAGGAUAAGAAACUGAACAUUGGUCCAGCAAUAAGAAAACAACAAGUAGGGAUUCCUCGUUCUAGUAUAAUGCCAGCAGCUGGAACAAUGUAUCUAACCACUUCAACUGGAUAUCCAUACACUUACCAUAAUGGCGUUGCUUAUUUUCAUACUCCAGAAGUGACUUCUGUCCCACCAUCUUGGCCUUCACGUUCCAUAUCUAGCUCUCCUGUGAUGGUGGCUCAGCCGGUUUACCAGCAGCCUGCAUAUCACUACCAGGCCCCAGCACAGUGUUUACCAGGGCAGUGGCAGUGGGGGUUUCCCCAGUCCCCUGCUUCUUCUGCUCCAUUCUUAUAUCUGCAACCUUCUGAGGUUAUUUAUCAACCAGUAGAAAUUGCACAAGAUGGUGGCUGUGUUCCUCCUCCACUGUCUCUGAUGGAACCUUCAGUUCCAGAGCCUUAUUCUGGUCAUGGAGCUCAAGCAGCAUAUCACCAGGUUUAUGCUUCAAGUGCCAUUGCUAUGCCUGCACCCAUGAUGCAGCCUGAGCCAAUUAAAGAACCAUGGUUACAUUCUGUGAGAAGACGCUUUUCUCAGCCUUCAUCUGUGGGUUUGAAACCUCGAUAUUCUCGAAGCCCACACUUUCAUCCUAGAAAAGAUUUCAGAGCAGAGGAUUCAGUUUCCACUCCACCUUCCUGUACUGACUUUGUUAAGUAG